AUUUCUUUCUCUUUCGUAGUAUUUAUGCGAAAGAAUCAUCUUUUCAACUAGAACUUACCAUGGUUGAAUCAACGGUAGACUUUGAAGUGCUGUCCGCAUCAUUUCUGAACUGGUUCAAUGCUCAGCCAGGUACAACUUUUCAUUCAUCGCUGAAGCUUGUAGACUUGAGAGCCCGCAAUGCCGGAAGAGGCAUCAUCGCCACAGCAGAUAUUCCUGCCGACACAGAUCUUUUCACCAUCCCAAGAAGUGUUAUAAUAAGUGAAGAGACAUCGGAGCUUGCCACGAAAUUGCCUGGGCUGUUUUCCAAGUCUGAGGAGGUGAUGGACGAGGUCGACCUGGAUGGACAGCCAGCCGAAUUGCCCAAGUCAUGGCUCAAUCUCAUUUUGAUCCUUCUCUACGAGUCUUUCCACCAGAACACAUCAAAAUGGUCACCGUAUCUGUCGAUCCUUCCACAAAGGCCAUCUUCAUUCGACACCCUCAUGUUCUGGUCAAACGAGGAACUUUACGAGCUGCAGGCGUCUGCCAUGCCGUCAAAAAUAGGCAAGGAUUCGGCAGACCGCAUGUUCAGAGAACGGAUUAUGCCUGUCGUCAAGCAGCACGCCGAUGUCUUCUAUCCCACCGGCAGCUCUCAGCCCAGCAACGAAGAGCUCUUGGAAAGAUGCCACGUGAUAGGAUCACUGAUCAUGUCCUAUGCUUUCGACUUACAGCCCGAUGAUGACGAAGCAGACGAGGACGAGGAGAAUGAUGACGGAUGGAUCGAGGAUCACUCUAAGCCGUCAACUAUGGGAAUGGUGCCUAUGGCUGAUAUGCUCAAUGCAGACGCUGAAUUUAAUGCCCAUCUAUCACAUGGCGAUGACAGCUUGACCAUGACUUCAUUAAGAGAAAUCAAAGCGGGAGAAGAAAUACUAAACUACUACGGGCCGUUACCAAACGGCGAGCUGCUGAGACGAUAUGGCUACACCAGCCCAAAGCACUCGAGGUAUGAUGUGGUCGAGAUCAGCUGGGACCUCCUGAAGAAGGUACUUAGUGACCCAGGGGCUCCCUUUCACUCAAAGUCAUGGUCAGAGCGCCUUGAUAAGCUCAUGGACGAAAUCGAACGUGAUGAUGAGUUCGACCCAGAUGGUGGAUUCGUGAUCGAGCGAGACGCAGGUGAUCCCAAUGAACAGGGUCUUUGCACCACGGAAUCCAGAUUCACCAAGUUUCCAGACGAGCUUGUGGCUAUCAUCACUGAUCUGGUUGCGAAGCUCUCGAAAGACCAGAUCAAGCAGAAGAAACUCAGCGACGAGAGCGAAUCGACUUUCAUCAAGAGCCGGACUCUGGUAGUCUUGUCGCAGAUACUUCGACAUAGGCUCGAACAGUAUCCUACGAGCUUGGAGCAGGACGUAGUGCUAUUGAGGGAGCCGAUGAUGAAGGGUCGGUUGAGGAUGGCGAUAGAUGUUCGGCUAGGAGAGAAGAAAGUCCUUGAGGAAGCUCUGACAUGGACCGAGGGCAAAAUGCAGAAGUACAAGGGCUUGACGGAAGAAGCCAGCGUUCCAGCACCAGAUGGGUCGCCACCAAGGAAGAAGCAGAGAAUGGGCAGGUAACGCUGACGAGACCUAGCCCGCAGCCCACUGCUCUGGAGUUGCAUUCCUUGUGCUUGACUCCUGCGAAGCACGAUCUUUAUCUACAAGGUCCUCCUCCGGAUUAGUUAGAUCGGAUUAUUGGAGGUACUGUCCUUGAUACUGCCUCGGUCGUCCGCAACUAGGAUGUCUAAUACUUGACCUACACCAAUU